ACGGGUUAUUGAAGUUGGAGAAAAGAAAAAUCUUUCCCGUCAUCUUCGAUUUGUCGCUUUAGAUCUCCAAGUUCAUCAUUUCUGGGACAGUUCAUCCUUUGAGGUUAGGUUAUUUGAAAUGGAAAAUCGAGAAGAUUGUGGAUCUUUGCUGUUACAACUCAAGUCAAUAUGUAGAGUUAUUGGAGAUUCGGUGGAGGAAGUAGAUGAAAUCUUGAUGGCUUUGAACUUGGGCUGCAAUGAACUUUACAAGGCGAAAGUCAGGGAAGCUGAAAAACGCAGAGUUCAGAUGGAUGACCAAAUCAAAUCGACUGAAUUAGAAAUUGCUAAAAUGAAAGAAUUUUUGGGAGAAAGCUCAUCCCAGCAAGAACGACCUUCUGGGGGCUUGAAAAAGCACCUUGAAUCCGUUCUUCUGACAAUGAACGAGCUCAUUGUGAAGAAAACUGAAAGAAAGAAACAAUUCCGUGAAAUUCUACUUGAAAUUGUCAAGAUCGAUAGGGCCUUACAUCCAGGACGUCUAGAUGAGGCCUCCUCAUGUCAAAUUGAUUGGUCUCGCUAUUCUGAUGGGGUGUUUAGAAAGUUACAGCGUGAGCUUAACGCACUUCAAACUGAGAAGGAUGAUCGUGUGCUGGAAAUUAAAAAGCUCUGGAGUACUUUAAAGUCACAUUGUUCAGUACUUCACCUGGAUACCAAUAAUUUCUUUUCCCCAAUGAAUCCUACAUCAACUAAUCCCGAAGGAGAAAGCAUAAGUGAUGAUACAGUUAACAAAUUGAGGAUUGAAGUUCAAACGUUGGGGAAGCUUAAGACAGAGAGAAUCCUUAAGGCUAGAGCUUUUGGAACAACCAUGAAAUCACAUUGGGCUUUGUGGAAAACACCUGACGAAGAGAAAGAUGAGUAUGUAACUAUUUUCUACAAGUUAGCUGCCCCAAAAGAUGAGAUCAAUGACGCUGCUAUUCUAUCUGAAGAAACUCUUCGACGUAUUGAGGAAGAACUUCAUAGAUUACAGGAAGUUACAAACGGCUCAUAAGAGAGCAGGGCCAGAGACUGUGGACAGGUGGUGCAACCAUGAACCAACCAAAGACUUUCCUUGGGAGCAUUGUGAACUAGGAGGAAAAUUAAGUCCAAAUUGUUUAUUUUUCACAUUAACUUUCCCAUUUUCUUACUCUGCUCCUUAAUGAUAUUCUGCAUAUGUUCAAUAUCUAUGGAAUGCUGCCCUUUUUCAUCUUAUCCUCUUAUCAUUCUCUA